AAAAAAGUAGUGCCCCACAUCAAGGACCUAUUUCAUCAACUUUUCACCUUCCGCAUUUUUCAUCUUCCUUCCACCUUCCCCAGCCUGCAAUCCAGCAGUCCUCUCCACGCGAUAUGCUCUGUCGCACUCGCACCUCAGAACACGCCAUUCAAUGACCUGUGGCGAUUGUUAGUCGCACGCUGGAGGCGCACUAACACAGUCCGCUAGACAAGCCCACCCUUCUUGCCAUGUCGGCCCCUGAUGGCGCCGUCGUUGUGCCGGUCGCGGACCUGGCUGGCCUGGCCGAUGGACAAGACACGAAGCUUGCUGCAGAAAUCUCUGCGCUUGAGAUAGCCGGAGACGUGCAGCAGCCGACGUCGCCCCACCGGUCUCACGAUCCACAGUUCAACCAGAAGCGGAGCGACCCAUUCCAGUUUGGCUCUCGCUUGCUUCAGGACCAGGACGACCCGUUCGAGUUCAAUGCCUGGGAUCACGUCGAGACUGACGACGCAUACAAGGAGUAUGCCGAGCAGCAGUACGAGAUGCAGCGGCAGGCUCCUGUCUCGGAUUUUGACAAGUAUCGGUUCAACUCGGAUCCUGCCAAAUGGUGGAACCAGUUUUACAAGAACAAUACUGCAAACUUCUUCAAGGACCGGAAAUGGCUCCAACAAGAGUUUCCGAUUCUGAACAAGGUCACAGAGGAAGGGGCCGGCCCCAAGACGCUCCUAGAAAUAGGAGCCGGUGCGGGGAACACGGCGUUUCCGAUUCUGUCCCGGAACAAGAACCCACUGCUGAAGCUUCACGCCUGUGAUUUCUCAAAAAAAGCGGUCGAGGUCAUGCGCGCACACGAGUCGUACAACACGGACUUGAUGCAAGCUGAUGUUUGGGACGUGGCCGGCAACAGUCUGCCACCUGGCCUGGAAGCAGGCUCCGUGGACCUUGUGUUGAUGGUGUUUAUCUUCUCUGCACUGUCCCCGUUGCAGUGGAAGAAGGCGGUUGAGAAUGUUUACCAGGUGCUUAAGCCCGGCGGCGAGGUUUGCUUCCGCGAUUAUGGAAGAGGGGACCUCGCUCAGGUCCGGUUCAAGAAGGGACGCUAUCUCGAAGAGAACUUCUACAUUCGAGGCGACGGCACGCGCGUCUACUUUUUUGAGAAGGACGAGCUGGCCGAUAUUUGGUCGGCAAAGCCCGCUCCUGAUACCCAAGACACCACCGCUGAUGGCGCCGGUGUCGUCGACAGCGGCGAGAAAUCUGCACCGAGUGGUCCGUCGUUUGAGAUCGAGGAGCUCGGUGUUGAUCGUAGAAUGCUCGUGAACCGGGCAAAGAAGCUGAAGAUGUAUCGUUGCUGGCUGCAGGGCCGCUUUAGGAAAAAAGAAUAACAAUCACGAUACCCAGCAAACGCUUUGUUCCGCGACAUGCCUUGAUUGUAUAUACCUUGAUUGACCACGUGAUUGUGCUCUGUGUGAACUAUUUUGUCUGCUACUCUAUAUCUAGUGCAACUCUGCUAUCUAUCCGUAUUCACCUUUGUUGUCUCGCAAAGACAGGUACGCAGUGCUUUGUGCGAGAAAACCGUAUACUCGCUCUUGACAAGAGACAUGCGGACCUUGGAUUCAUCCUAUUAAGUUUUACUUGAACAUUGGCUUCGCUUUGUUAUUCUUUCUUGUGCUGUUUAUUUGGAAGAUGUAAUUGGAAAUUUAUCGGCAAUUUUUAGGGUGCGUAUACACAUUUAAAGAUAACGACAUGAAAUGGAACUUUCAUCUUUUCGACGGCUCAAUUCAGGAGCGCUCCGUCCU